AUGCCGCAACGAAGUCAAAGAGCGAGAAAGAAAAAAAUAACUUGCAUAUUUAAUUUGAACAGUGAGAGAAUUAUAAUUGAUUAUAUGGAGCGAUGGGCUAGUCACGGAAGACAAAAUCGUAAUCCUUUUGUGGAAUUGAGUAAAAUCAUUCCUCACAGUCCAAAGCAAAUCUACCAGCAUUGGUGGAACAAGCUGGACCCGCGACUUUGUUUAGUCAGUAAUGAACCUUUUUCGAAUGAAGAAAAAGGAUACAUUUACAGUUGGGUUGAAGACUAUCUCUCCUCUAAUAAGAAAACCAUCCCGUGGAAAACUUUACAGUCGAAAAUGGAAGAAGAAUUUAGAAGAUUUCGAUCUAGAAACGAUAUUAAAAAUAUUUGGUACUCCAGGGAGAGAAGAUUGGCCAGACAAGCGGCAAACAUUCUUGAUCCUCUCCUUUUUGGAAUGGACCAACCAUUGCAAGAAUCAAACUAA